UGCCCCCCUUCCCCGCGCGUGACGCAUUAACCGCGGUCGGGUGAUCUAAACAAUGACGUCACAUCCGCAACAGGUGAUAACGGAAGUGACGUCGUCUCCAACCAGCUCUCCUUUAACGAAAAUCAAAGUUAUCCUCAGGAGAAAGACGUUGUGGUAUUAGACAAGAAGGUGAAAGUGGGCAUUAACGAGUUCUAAAGGGAAGUUUCAAGCGAGGCGAGGAUGGCCAACUCGGGACUGCAAAUGCUGGGCUACGCGCUGGGGAUGUGCGGAUGGAUCGCCAUCAUCGCCGCCACGGGGCUACCGCAGUGGAGGACGAGUGCCUACGCCGGCGAGGUCAUCAUCACGGCCGUGAGCAUCUACGAGGGGCUCUUCAUGAGCUGCGCCUCGCAGAGCACGGGCCAGAUCCAGUGCAAGAUAUUUGACUCCCUCCUCGCGCUGCCCACAAGGGUGCAGAUAACCCGUGCGCUGAUGAUCUGCUCCAUCGUGGUGGGUCUUUUUGCGCUGGGAGUAAGUGCCGUCGGCAUGAAGUGCACUCGCAUGGGAUCGGACAACAAAACCCGCAAGAACCGCUUUGCCAUCUUGGGCGGAGUGGUGUUCCUCGUUGCCGGGCUGUUGUGUCUGAGUGGCACGUCUUACUACGCUGCGGAAAUUGCGCGGGAGUUCUACAGUCCCUUGACGCCUGUACAGGCCAGGUAUGAGUUUGGACAGGCUCUGUUUGUGGGCUGGGUUGGUGCUUGCCUCGUGCUCAUGGGCGGCGCCUUCCUGUGCUGCUCCUGCAGCUCCAAGCCUUCGGGGAAGAAGUCGCGGCCACGUGGCCCCCCACGGCACGGGCCCCCCAGAUCAAAGGGCUCUGGCAGGACAGAUUAUGUGUGAUGUGAGGUGUGAGUGGGUGAUGAGAGUGGCAUGCUCCCAGCUACUCACACAUGCUUAGUUAUUUUAUGCAUCAUGCUUUUUUAAAAGUGCGUUUGGAUGUUCAUUUAUAAGUUGUAAUGAGUUAAAUGCAUGCAAAUUUCCCAAAAAUGUUCAUAUGUAAUUACGAUUCUGACGUGAUUGAGUUUUAGUUGGACUGUAGGUAGGUUCUGUUGAUAAAGCACGUUAUGCACAACUUAUGCGAGUACGCUUUAGACAGUACCACAUUCGCAUACGUGAGCCUGGAGGCAGUGGUAUAGGAAUAAGCUGUUAUCAUGCAAUUGGUGUAUUCAUGUUUAUUAGUUAUUCAUUUAAGUCUGAUUGAUGUUCUGGUAAAAAUGUCAGUAAUUGGUGAAAAAGUGGCCGGGUGUCCAUGACUAGUUACAGAUUGGGCCAUUUCUAUCAAAAAUCUGCAGAAAAUUCCACUAACACUUUUGAAUCAAAUCCUUCAUUAACAAAACAACUGCUUAGCCAAUGCAUAAUAUCAAAGUUAAUGAUUUUCACUGAAGAUUUAUCAUAAGAUUCUUUCUUGUGCAAGCUUUUUUCAUUAUUAGGCAUGUGAAAUGCUCAAAAAAUUUAUAUGGAAAGUUAUUGGAGACAAUGGAAGACAACACCCGAAUAAACAUUACUCAGUGCUAUUAUAUUACAUCAGAAAGACAUUAUCGAUCCACAAUAUAGCAGCAGUUUAUAUUUUCUUCUAAAAGUAAAUGGCAAUUCACUAAAAUUCUGGCUACGGGCCACAGCUGCGUAUAGUUUUCAAAUGCUUCUGUAUGUGGCGAGUGCUUUUGUCGCAUAUGCAGACACUUCUGUCAUGCACUGUGCAUUUUUAACACAGCCAGUUUUACUAUGACUCCAACGCGACUGACACUACAUGUGGGCACGAUACCUCAAAAGUCAUGCAACUUUACAUUUCAGUUCAUUUUCUCAUGAAUGGAGCCUCAUACUUUUGUCAGACGGCCUGGACCUCAGAGCCUAAAUGUGUUAAAAAGCAGUUGUCUCGUUGGAUUGCGAAGUCUUUCAUUAAGAUGGGCUGACGUCUUAUUUCUUAAUGCUUUAGUGUCGCAUACUUGCAAGCGUGAAAUGUGAAAAUUAACCAUGCUAUAAUUCGGCAUAUACAUUUUUUCUGUAUUAUUCCACAACGAGGUAUGCUCUAUAAUAAAUUUCAGCCGUGUAAGUUCACUGCUAGAUGAAGGCCUCCCCAUUCCGCGUUAAUCAGGGAGGCUGUUUGAUCAUACUUCGCAACACUUUUCAGUAUGGAUUGCUGAAGAGGAGUUUCCAGGUCUGGUUCAGGUAUCACUCCCUGAUGUUAGCCAUGAGCAGGAAUAGAAUUUUUAGUAACUGGGUUCUGAGGAGUCCGCUAGCCACUCUGCCACCGCUCCCUUUGUUAUACAAUGUAAAUUAUUACAUCAUUUAUUUUUUAAGGGUUUAUUGUUAAGUAUAUAUGAAAUUGUAAAUGCUUGAAAAAAAUUCACUACAAUCUAGAAAUGUGGAUUUACAAACAAUGGAUUUGUUGAAAAAUUACUGCACAUUUUCAGUGUAAACAUUAACAAAAUAGAAAAUUUUCCAAGCAUUUUAAUUCAAAUAUAUAAUUUGCAAUUGUUCACUAUCCCAUUUUCUAUAUCAGAUUCAUAGCAGGAUGGGGAAAAAAUCGAAUUCAUAGCUGGACUUGAAGCCACAUCAUGGAGUAGUCCCAAAUUUGACACCACAAUUUAUUUCAGGUCAAUUCAAUAGGGUCCUCUUCUCAGUACUAGAUGGUGCACCUUAAUCUUCUAUAAUACACGGUUCAUCAUAUUUAUAAGUAAAUAAGCCAGUGUCUCCCUGCUCAAAUUAUCAUUGGGGGUGGCAGUCGUGCUGGUGAGGGAAGCGCAUUGCAAUGGUUGGCGCCAGCUGCACCUAGAAAGCCCAAUGUUGACAUUCCUCAAAGUGUCACAUUUAUCUGCCACAUUGGGGUUUAUAGAUUGAGUAGGUCCCUGACCAGAAUUGAUCUUGCAACCUUUGGAUUGCGAGUUAAGCAGUCUAACCACAGCAUCAUUCAAUAUUUACUUACAACCGUGAACCUUCACAGCCAAGCGAAGCUAAUAAUGAUUGUAGUCCUAUGUUGUGCAGACACUGGUGAUCAUGUUGAGAGCAUUGUGCUAUCCUCGAAGACCUUGUUUGAUCACAGGCGUUUGCCCAGAUAUACACCUGGGACUUUAGUUGGUGCCAGCUCAGUGCUCUGAUGCAGCUAUGAUGACCUUCAUAAGUUACCCGUCCAUUUUAAAUGUCAGGAGAGUUAACAAAAUCACGACUUCUCCAUUUUUUUUAUUGAUGAACACUUCCCCCCCCCCCCCACAGUUAUAUAAGUGUUGUAGAAUGGCAAAUGUUUAAAAAAAUAAGAGUACAUGCAUGUUUUAUACCUUCUAUGAUGCAUAUAUUUUGUAAUGACUAAACUCACAUGAGCCAAUUGAAUAUCUUGAUUUGUUUUAAAAUGAUUUGUGAAUUAGAUUUUUUAUAGUUUAUUUUUGUUUGUGGUGAUUAAUAAAAUGAAAUUAAUCAAAUAUUGUUAUGCUUAAUAUUUUCUGGCUUUCAUUCCACACUCUUGAAUUCAUUAUGGCUAGAGACUGCAGAGCCACGUUUCAUAGAAUGACUCUUGUGUCAAGUUGGCACAUGGCAUCCAAAGUAUACGAAGGCUUGUGAACAAUUCAAGAUAAUCUGGUGCAUGGGCUGUAAUAUGUAUUUUUAUCACAUACAUAAAAUGCUGUGUUCACAUGCCACGGUCUGUUCCUCAACUUGUUUCCAUAGAUCCAAAAUAACAUCAUCUGGGGCAAAACGAUCAUCUCGUGUUCUGGCUAGUGGCACUUACGCAUAUAUACUGGGUAGUUUGGGAGAGGUUUCUGUGUAGGUACAUGGCUGUAAUAUUGAUCACAAGUCAAUCACGUGCAAUCAUUAACCAGAAGCGAAUGUUUUCGUAUGACUCAAAACAGUGCUUGAUUACAUGUAAUCUCCACACUUGUAAUUUUGCCUGACAUUUAAUAAGUACUCAAGUGUAUGUUGCAAAAUCCGUGUCUUCCACCUUAUGAAGAGGUUUUUUUAAAGUUAUUAAAAGCAAUCAUGGUUCUAUGUAACAUGUAAGGUAAAACUUUGUGAAAUAUCUUUGUUCUCCAAUUGUACAAGAGGUAUUCUUGGUACUUUCGGUAAAGUAAUUUAGAUAGAAGACCGCUUAUGUUGCGAUUGAAACGUCGUGGAUUUUUUGUUUAUAUUUUAUUUGUUAAUUUUAUUUUUUUUUCCUACCGAAAGAACCAAGAAUAUGAAUUCCUGCAGUCACGAAAUCUUUAAGUCAAAAAAUGAAAAAGAGGUCUUACCAAACAUUACCAAUGUAAAGAUAUAGGUUUUAGGGAAAUGGGUCUUCAAUCUCUACAACAUCCACAACAACCUUGUUAAACGUGUAAUACAUGUAAUAAACGUUAUGCAAAUCUGUUAGUCACAGCAUUUAUUCAAGUAAUUUUCAUUCUAAAGUGAAGUGAAGCCCCAGGGACGCAUGGUAUUGAUGUCCUAUGUAUGCCCUCAAAAAUGUUUGGCAGAUUAAGGGAACCCUAAUUGAGAUCAUGAGGCAGAAAUAAUGAGUAGAUUGGUCUGCUGAGUAAGCUGCCUUUGCAUUGUAUACUGGUUAAGUUGAAUACAUAUCUUUCUGUGAUGUUCUGGUCAAGUAAAAAUUACAGGUG